GGAACUAGGUUUUUUCAGAUCCCCUUUAAAUGAGACCAGAUGGAGGCAGAGGCAAAUUCAGGCUCCCCAGAGGACAGUUGGGCAUUCUUCCAGAGGCCUGGUGAAGGUUGCCGAACUGUCCCCCUGGCUGGACAUGUGGGGUUUGACAGCUUGCCUGACCAGCUGGUGAAUAAGUCAGUCAGCCAGGGCUUCUGCUUUAACAUCCUGUGUGUGGGAGAGACAGGUUUGGGUAAGUCCACCCUCAUGGACACCCUGUUCAACACCAAGUUCGAGGGGGAGCCAGCCACCCACACACAGCCAGGUGUCCAGCUUCGGUCUAAUACCUAUGACCUCCAAGAGAGCAAUGUGGGGCUAAAGCUCACAAUCGUAAGCACAGUUGGCUUUGGGGACCAGAUCAACAAGGAGGACAGCUACAAGCCCAUCGUGGAAUUUAUCGAUGCCCAGUUUGAAGCCUACCUGCAGGAGGAACUGAAGAUCCGCAGGGUACUGCACACCUACCAUGACUCUCGCAUCCAUGCCUGCUUGUACUUCAUCGCCCCUACAGGUCAUUCUCUGAAGUCUCUGGACCUAGUAACAAUGAAGAAGCUGGAUAGUAAGGUGAACAUAAUCCCCAUCAUCGCCAAGUCGGAUGCCAUUUCCAAGAGUGAACUAACAAAGUUCAAAAUCAAAAUAACCAGUGAGCUUGUCAGCAACGGGGUCCAGAUCUACCAGUUUCCUACAGAUGACGAGUCGGUGGCAGAGAUCAAUGGAACCAUGAACGCCCACCUGCCUUUUGCUGUCAUUGGCAGCACAGAAGAACUGAAGAUAGGCAACAAGAUGAUGAAGGCCCGGCAGUAUCCUUGGGGCACUGUGCAGGUUGAAAACGAGGCCCACUGCGACUUUGUGAAGCUGCGGGAGAUGCUAAUUCGGGUCAACAUGGAGGACCUGCGGGAGCAGACCCACAGCCGGCACUAUGAGCUGUACCGCCGCUGCAAGCUGGAGGAGAUGGGCUUCAAGGACACUGAUCCCGAUAGCAAACCCUUCAGUUUACAGGAGACAUAUGAGGCCAAAAGGAACGAGUUCCUAGGAGAGCUCCAGAAAAAAGAAGAGGAGAUGAGACAGAUGUUUGUCCAAAGAGUCAAAGAGAAAGAAGCUGAACUCAAAGAGGCAGAGAAAGAGCUGCACGAGAAGUUUGACCGUCUGAAGAAACUACACCAGGACGAGAAGAAGAAGCUGGAAGAUAAGAAGAAAUCCCUGGAUGAUGAAGUGAAUGCUUUCAAACAGAGAAAGACGGCGGCCGAGCUGCUCCAGUCCCAGGGCUCCCAGGCUGGAGGCUCGCAGACUCUGAAAAGGGACAAAGAGAAGAAAAAUUAACUCUGCUGUUUGCUGCAUGCUGCAUGAGACCCAGGGUCCUGUUUGCGCUUCCGGUAGACGCCCUUUCCUGCACAACAGACCUGGGCCUCCCUUUUUCUAAUUACCCCUUAACAUGAGUCGGGGGCGCACAACCAGUGCCCCUCACUCUCUUCCCGCCAAAGUUCAUAGAAGCUGGAGAGUCUGAGGAUGGUGUCUGGCCUCUGGUCAGGAAGCCAGCAGCCAUGUGGCUUAGACAUGCAUCAUGCAUCCCACUUCCCCUCCCAGCACUUCCCGCCAGCCACUUCCCAUCUCCAUCUUUGCCAGACUGUACCAUGUUCAGGGCUCCUGCCUGCUGCUCUCCACCACCAGUUUCCUUGUUUGCACUCUGAUGGCUGCUCGCUUCCCUGAGGUAUUUGCCUCCACUGUGGCUGGGUAAGCAAGCACCAGCCAACAAGGCUUUCCCCCUUAGUGCCUAGUCACCGGGCUUCCCCGAGUACCUGCCGCCUCCCAGCAGAGCCACAGCUCCUUCUCAGAGGGCUCCAGGAGAGCCUUUGGCGCCUCUUCCUUUAGGCCUCUCAGCCCAGCCCUUUCCGGUUUUGAUUCACUCAAAGUAACUGUACUCAAGCUGUGUGUAAAUUCCAGAAUAAGUUUAUCUACAGCAAGCCCCUCCCAGAAAACAUGACUGCUGAAGGAAAUAGCAUAAAUUCCCUCUCUCUAUAAUUCUGGAUACCCCACAGAUGCAGAAAGGGAAAUAAACCUGAAUGUUACCACCAGCCUAGUGUCUUGAAUGAUAGGUUUAAGGACUUCUUCCGAGGUGUGUCAGCAUCCCCUCUGUAAUCUCCCUUAGGGCUCCACACCAUCCCCCAAAGGCAGGGUCAGUAGCGGGUAUAAUAACCCCGUGUCACAAACUGCCAAAAUGAGCGGUCAAAGAAUCAGUGUUUUCAGUUUUGCUUUGACGAGUCUUCCAGUUUAUUUAUUUGGGCAAUGUGAUUAUGAGUUUUAAUCCGUAUUUUGCAUACAGACUGGCUUCUCCUAAUAAGAAGAGGUGAGAUUAUCAACUGGAGAGGAGGAGUGUUUGUUAUUCCUCGGGAGGUCCCUAACUUUGUCUCCAGUCUACAGAUUUGGUUUAUAAACAUUCCAGUCCUCAUUUUGAUCAAGGGGGCUAUCCGAUAAUGGCUCUGGGAAAUCCUUGGAACUGGAGAGCCCUCCGUUGUCAGGCGCAGUGGCCUUUGGUGUGUGGCCAGUGAGAGAGUGAGAGCUGGAGGUGAGCUGGCAAUAAUCUGUGGCUAACAUGCCCUUUCUCUGCCCUUCCUUUGCAGUAAUCCAUGGCUGUGUACUGAAUAGUAUCCCCCGCUACAGCUGGACUGGACUCCAUUUAGCCUUUUAAACCAAGGUUCCAAUUUUAACUGACAGCUUUCCUGCAGGGUGCCAGGAAGCUGGGCCCCUCGCCCUUGCCAUGUACUUCCACUUCGUCCCCUCUUCUUUUGAGUUCUGCUUCCCAGUCUCACUGGCGCUGACCAUGAACAAGUUCUUUUUAAUUUUUCAAGGGUUUUUUACGUUUUGGUUAGUUUCUUUCAAAACACUGUUUAUCAAGGCUAUGCCAAAUAUUCAGGCUUUUUUGAAGUGUUGCGAAUGGCAAGAGUUUCUCUCUUCAGUCAUAGAUAAUAAUAAUAGGAGGCGAAAGGUAAGGUAGAGAAAAUCAACAUCAAACACAUGCACACUCUUGAUCUUUUCUUGUUGGUAAAGCGAGAGUGCAGUUUUGAUAUGUUAUUGUUUGGUGAGUCACUGGUUAGUGGCACCGGCAAGUAUGAAGGGCUUGCUGCCAAAUCCAAGUCUCAUAGUGGAACAUUAUAGCAGACCCUAUGCCUUGCAGGGUUUUUUGUUUUUUUUUUCUUUUAAAACACGAACUUGGACACUCACCCAGUAGCUCAGAGAGACGCUAAGUUAGGGCUGUCCAGCCUUCUAGGGAAAGGCGGCUUGUUUGCAGCUUUGAUGUUUCCAGGUCUGGUUUCACAGCUGCUUCCCACGAAUCCCAAACAUAAAACAACCAACCAGUCUUCCUCCCCCAGGGUAGUUCUUUGCAUCUCAAACAGGGCCCCUCAUUUGCAUUUGUUUACAGAUUAAGUACUUGAGGCUUGAGGAGCUCUGAAAACUCCAAAACUUUUAGAGCCACACGCAGCCUUUGAGAGACCUUCAGAGACUAGGCAGGGCUUUUGUAUUGAGCGAGAAAUUUUGGUUCGCAAGACAGAAAUGACCCACUUUUUUUGGAAGAGAAAAUCGAGGCCUAGAGAAGUGAAGGGACUUGCCAGAGGUCCCAGGGCUGUUUUGUGGCAGAAGCCAAGCCAAACUCAGUAUCUCCUGAUUCCCGGUCCACCUCAUUAAGGGAUUCAGUCUGUUCAUUUCUAUGUGUUCCUAGAGACAAGGUCUUCUGAUGCUCAGAGAACCUGAAGAGUUGGUAUUAGAGGCCUCUUGCAUUUUUUUUUCCCAUAGAAAAAUAUCCAAGGAUGAGUGGGUAAAGGCGGGCAAAGCAGAAGACUUCAGACCAGCUCCUGAACUGACUGCUUCUGCUGACAGUAGGGGUCACCAGCAACCGUGAGCUGGGCAGCUUUCCUGGAAGUCUGGAAUGGGGCCCAGGCACGCUUUGCUUAACAGGGGCCCUAGAUGAUCCUUAUAAUCAAGAAAGUUUGGUAAAUGAAAAUCUAACCUGUGCGUGAGCAUAAGGCCUUUAGGAAGUUGAUCCACACUAUGGAAAAGAAUUAAAAUUGAUAUUUUAUUGGGUAGUUUUCUUUCUUUUUUUAAUUGUAUUACAUCUAUUAUUGGGGUGACAUUGGUUAGUGGUAGUUUUCUUGCUGUAGAGAGAAAGAUUCCCCCUCCCCUUUGGUGAAGGCUUUCUAAUGAGUAUGGUUGUUGCUAUUUUUUUUAAAUACCCUAACUACUCUGUUUACUUCUGGUGAAACAAAACCAGUCAUUAGAAAUGGUCUGUGCUUUUAUUUUUCCAGACUGGACUGGAACAGCUUUCCUGAAAAAUCCCCAGGUGUACACACACACACACACACACACACACACACACACACGCACCCUAGUUUCUCUUAAGCCAAGAAGUUUGCUUUUCCUAGCCGCAGUGCAGAUCACUUUUGUUUUUGUUUUUGUUUCCUCUUUUAAUCGUGUGGCAUUCCCAUGUGGCUGUUAAUAUGUGCUUGUUUUUAAUUAAAACAAGAAGCUUCAAA